AUGUAGCAGCGUUUAAGAAAUGUUCCGUUCUGAUUUAGACUGAUUCAUGUUUAUUUUAAAGCGUUUUUUUUGUAAAGAACGAAUCUAUUUGAUAUGACUCCAGAUGGUGAAAAUGAAGAGCUACAGCUUUUCCGCCAAAAAUGGAAAGAAGAACUGAGAAAGGGUAUUUCGGAUGGAAUAAAAGCAAAUUGUCCAAGUGACGAGGAAAAAAAGAGAAGAUGGCUAACCGGCAGGAAAAGGAACUUGUCUGGUGCAUUCCAUUGUUUUGGAGAGGAAAUGCGUCAGUUACGAGAUGAAAUGGAUCCUUUGGAUUGUUUGAAGUCGAGUGACAAGUCUCAACAGAUGCCGGAAGACAAAUCCGUCGGGCCAUUUGUCAAGGAGAAUAAUGGAAUCGUGCUGCUGAAUUUACCUGAACCAAUAACUAGAGAGGCUUGUAACAGUACCUGUAACAGUGACUGUAAAAUUCAGCAGUCAAAGACAGCGAUUUGUCCUAAAAUAAGAAAAAAGAGCCUUUUAGAUCAGCUGAUUGAGGACAUAAAUGAAAUUACAAGUAUUCCAUUUUUUGACUUAAGUUUGCCCAAGGAAGUGGGAAUACAGAUUUUUAAUCACCUUGGGGUCAAAGAAUUGUGUGCUUGUGCCCAGGUGAGCAAGUCCUGGAAAAUUCUGUCAGAAGAUGAACUGAUAUGGUAUCGUGUAGGAUGUAAGUUAGGGUAUGUUCAAGAGAGAGACUGUGCUGCAAUAGACAGAGCAAACUGGAAAGCCUUUGUUCGUGAAAGCUUUUUGGAGGAAAGGGAAUUAAGAAAGAAUUGGAAGGAAAGAAUGUGCAGAUUAUCUAGCCUGGAAUUUGAAAGAGGUGGAAGCCUUUGUGCAGUGUCUGUUCAUGGAGAUUUGAUAUGUUCAGGAUACUCAAGCAGUGCAGUUGUUAUAUGGGAAGGAGAUGUAGAAAGUACCUCAAGCUACAGGGAACUGGUAACUACAACAGUUGAUUCUCAAAGACAGAAACCUCAAGUUGCAUCAACUGCCAUCCACGACACCUUGUGUGCUGCUGGAUUUGACAAUGGCGAUGUGUAUGUUUGGCACACAAGCUUAGGGUCAUCCCCACUGUGUCACUGUCGUUGUGAAGGGUCUGUAAAAAGUGUUUCUUUAGCAGCAACUGGCCCACCCACAUUUGCAGCCAUGUCAGAUCAUGAACUCAAGGUACUGUUGAGUGACUCCAAUGGCCAGUGGUCAUGUCUUGAUUCCAGGAAUUUUGAGGACAAGAUUGGACGGGCCAUGUUUAUUCCAAAAAGUAGUUCUGGUUCAUCGACUGAACAUGUUGCUAUAGCAACCCAAGAUACCGUGUCAGUCUUGGCACCUGGCAGAGGUUUUCUAUCAACAUUGGAUCAUGUGAUUGGUGGAAAAUUAAGCUCUAUGGACUGUACUGCUGACCGCCUUGCUCUUGGAGUGGGCUCAUAUGGAUAUGGAACACUUGGAAACAAAGUGCGUUUAUACUGCCUGGAAACCACAAAAAUGAUUUCCAUAUUAGGAGCCCACUACCGCGAGAUCACGUGUCUUGAUCUUGCCAGUUGUCCACCGCAUCGCCUCGUGACAGGCAGCUAUGACUGUAGGGUGCGGGUUUUUGACCUGCGCACUGAAAAGAUAGCUCUUUCAUUUCACUUGGGACACAAACGAGCAGUCACCGCCGUACAAAUGGACGACUGGAAAGUGGUCAGCGGUGCAGAGGACGGAACAUUACUAGUCUGGGAUCAGCGGAUGACGUCAGCUUUGUGGAUGACGCAUGCGCGGCAUCCAGUAAGGCUCUGCAAAUUACAAGGCUCCCGGAUGAUUACGGCGAACAUUCCAGUAGAUAAAAGCCCGCGCGAGAAUCUUUGGUAUGCAGACGAUUUGAUUCUUCACCGAAGACAUCGAGGAAUCAUACGUAUGUUUGAUUUCUCAGUGAAUAAUGCGACUGAGGGCAUUCCGGAUAUUUGCUCCUCCAAUUAUGACGAUACAAGCGGUUACAACUAUAACAUAAAGCUCAGCGUGCCAUAUGACAGCAUAGAGUUGUAAAUGUGAAAAAAAACAACAAAGUUUAAGUACUGGUUUCGGGGUUGGUAUCCUUGGCCUAGUUCAAUCCAGGGCCGUGGUCUUUGUGUUGUUAUCUGGGGCAGGACCGACCUGAUGACAUACUCAGGGCAACCUAUGAUUGACAUGCGUGGCUGGCAGCUUACAACUACAAUAAGAACGCUCACCUGGAAGGUGUUGUAAGUGCUUGCAAUGACUCAGCAGGAACCCAGCCUCGGUCAACACAAUACCACAUAACAUGUGUUUUAAAAAAUUCGUGUUACAAUGAGAACUGAGAGGCAAAUUAUACUCCUACGGCAAGACACUCAAAGAAGCGUUACAUUACGUAGUUUUACAACAACGGACUAAUUGCGCAUUGUGGAUGAUGUCACUUACCAGAUGGUCAGCAUGGAUAUGAACGUGCGAAGGUCCAAUUCCACAGUCCUGCAAAUCCACUCAAUACGGCGAGCACAACUUAGAAGGCAUGACAGCUGACACCUUCGUCUUCAGGGAACAGAUCAAGUUAAGGAAAGAAAUACUGGUGUGUAUGUCCAGGCCCCCGUUGGUAACUUGAAGCCGGCGGGUCCGAACAGAUGUGCUGUGGGAAUCCCUGAACGGGCAAAAACGCAAGUCGUACCAACAUGACGGGUAUGUUCAACUUUUGCUAAUUAAAUAUCAAGUGAAAAACACAUAUAUUUCAAAUCGAAUAAAAAGAAUUUGUUUUAAAGAAAAAUGGAAGCUUUUUGAGGAAACAAUUUUAACUAAUAAUUAAAGUCGGACAACGCUAUUAUUAAGGAAAAUCGUUAAGUUGAAUAAUUACGUAGAAAGAAUUGACAAUAUCUAUUUUCUUUAUUAAUUCAAUAUGGUGUCAUUGUUAACUUCAGUAAACCAAACUUUAUUCAUGCUUCUGUAAUUU